AUGGCGGGCACUGCAGCAGCGAGCUCCAGGCGGCCACAGCGGGUGAGCAUGCAGGAGCACAUGGCCAUCAACGUGAACCCAGGACCCAUCCGGCCCAUCCACCUCAUUUCCGAUUACUUCCCACACUUCUACCCCUUUGCUGAGCCCGUCCUGCGUGCCCCCCGCCCACACCGCGCAGUGGCCUCUGACAUCCGCUCUGCACCCCAACUGCAGCCAGACCCAGAGCCAGAGGGAGACUCAGACGACAGCACUACCCUGGGUACCCUGGAGUUCACACUUCUUUUCGAUGCGGACAACAGCGCCCUGCACUGCACGGCUCACCGUGCCAAGGGCCUCAAGCCACCAGCCUCAGGCUCCCUGGACACUUAUGUCAAAGCCAACCUGCUGCCAGGGGCCAGCAAGGCCAGCCAGCUGCGGACACGUACAGUUCGGGGCACGAGGGGACCUGUCUGGGAAGAGACACUCACUUACCAUGGCUUCACCUGCCAGGAUGCUGGGCACAAGACCCUGCGGUUGUGUGUGUGUGAGGACCCGCGGCUGCGGCGACCUCGGCGACGAAUGCCUCCCCUGGGGGAGCUGCGGGUGCCCCUGAGGAAGCUGGUGCCCAACUGUGCCAGGAGCUUCGAUGUGUGUCUGGAGAAGCGCAGGCUGACCAAGAGGCCCAAGAACCUGGACACGUCCCGUGGCAUGUCCCUGUAUGAGGAGGAGGCGGAGACAGAGGUGGCUGGGGAGGAACGUGGGCGCAUCCUGCUGUCACUGUGCUACAGCUCUCGGCGAGGGGGCCUGCUGGUGGGGGUGCUGCGCUGUGCCCACCUUGCCCCCAUGGAUGCCAAUGGCUACUCGGACCCCUUCGUCCGCCUAUUCCUGCAUCCAAAUGUGGGGAAAAAAUCUAAGUACAAGACUAACGUUCGAAAGAAGACCCUGAACCCCGAAUUCAAUGAGGAAUUUUUCUAUGCAGGCCCAAGGGAGGAGCUGGCCCAGAAGACACUACUGGUAUCAGUAUGGGACUAUGACCUGGGUACAGCCAACGACUUCAUUGGUGGGGUACAGCUGAGUGCCUGGGCCAGUGGCGAGCGCCAGCGGCACUGGAGAGAGUGCUUGGGCCGCAGUGACCACCGGCUGGAGUUGUGGCACCCGCUGGACGGUGCGCCCCUCCAGCUCCGCAACUAG